CACACACACACACACACACAGUAAAUAAAUAAAUACACAUUUCGGUGUAGAGGGAAAGGGGGCGUGACGCGGCGCGCAUCAGGGAUCUGGAAGCGCGCGGGUUCCCGAGCAGUGAAGCUCAGACGCGCAGAGUUUCUCCACCGCUCCACUUUUAUCUUUUACAGCAUAAAGAAGAGAUGAUCAUGUCUUGCAGCCAUGAUUCCCGAAAAUGACUCGUGCGCGCUCUUUAACGGCACCGGGUGUAACGGGACCGGAGCGCACCACCCGCCCGUGCGCCUGUCUCGCGCGCUGCCUUUGGGACUAGUCCUGGGCGCGUUCAUCGUCUUCGCGGCGCUCGGCAACGCGCUGGUCGUGGCGUCGGUGCUGCGCGACAGGCGCCUGCGCGCGCCCACACACUGGCUGAUCGCGAACCUGGCGGCGGCGGACCUGCUGCUGAGCGCCGCCGUGCUGCCGGUGUCGGCGGCGCACGAGAUCCUCGACCGCUGGGCUUUCGGGAGCGUCUUCUGCGACGUGUGGGCCGCGCUGGACGUGCUGUGCUGCACGGCGUCCAUCCUGAGCCUGUGCGUCAUCUCCGUGGACCGGUACGUCGGCGUGAGCCGCCCGCUGGCCUACUCGAGCAUCGUGACGCGCCGCCGCGCUGUGCUCGCCGCGCUCUCGGUGUGGAUCGCCUCCGUGCUCAUCUCCGUCGGGCCGCUGCUGGGAUGGAAGCAGGCGCGCUCUCCGGACGACACCGCGUGCGACAUCACCGAGGAGCCCUACUACGCGCUCUUCUCCUCGCUCGCGUCCUUCUACAUCCCGCUAGCCGUCAUCCUCGUCAUGUACUGCCGGGUGUACAUCGUGGCUAAACGGACGACUCGGAGUUUGGAGCUGGGCGUCCGGAAGGAGAGAAUAAACUCCACGGAAGUCACGCUGAGGAUCCAUCAGGGCUCCAGGACGCGCGAGGACCCGGCGCAGCACCAGCACCAGCACCACCAGCAGCACCAGCACCACCAGCAGCAGCAGCACCGGAGCGCGCUCACGGUCGCGGUGCUGAAAUUCUCUCGGGAAAAAAAAGCAGCCAAAACGGUAGGAGUGCUGGUCGGAGCGUUCACCGCGUGCUGGCUGCCCUUCUUCAUCACCUUACCCAUCGUCUCCUUCAACACAGAUCUGCGUCCUCCAGAAACCAUCUUCAAAUUCGUCUUCUGGCUCGGUUACUUCAACAGCUGCGUGAACCCCGUCAUCUACCCGUGCUACAGUCGCGAGUUCCGCCGGGCGUUCACUCGAAUCCUGCGCUGCCGGAGGCGUCGGUCAGUGUGGAGGACGUUUCCCCCUCACGGCGUCACCUACUGCCAGGCCAGGAAAGACUCCAGAGACUCCAUGGAGAACUACGGAAGCUACGUGUACGGCAGCCAGAGGACACUGUCCUUCUCCAGCCCGUGUCCCAGUCCUGGUUUUCACAGCAAGAGUCAGUUUCCCUUCUCGGAGCAUGGACACUCUCACCCACGGAGCAGGAACAGCUCGGUUUUGGUGGAGAGUAUUACAGAUCGGCCUCUGGAGCCUGUCAGAGAGGAUACGCUGCAGGACAAUGGACAAAUAAACCAGAAAAAUGCAGAGACGUUCUCUGACAGUGAGACAAAAGAUAAGUCAAGUGGUGAAGAACAUUGUUAUAUAAUAACUAGUGAAAAAUAAACUGGCAACUCCGUGUUUACUUAUUAUUAGUCUAAAGAAACUAAGACUGGACAUAAAUGAGAUGUACACAAUGUCCAGUUUUCUCUAAAUGUUGUCAAUCAUCCAAGAUAUGUUCGCUGUCUGAGGUUUGCUUCUUUUCUUUUAGCACAGGAGGCUAAUAUAGCUAAUGGAAGUUAAUAUAGCUACCAGAUUAGCUACCAGUUUAACUGUAUCUACAUAGACUGUGUUUCUUUAAUACAUUCUCUGCUUCAUUAGUAUUAUUAAUAACUUGAUCAUUUCCUUGCUAAUUCUCUCUGACUGUACACACUCAGUUGGCCUCGUUUAUUAACCUGUUAGUAAUGUUGAAUAUAAAUGUUUUUGUGGCCAAACUGACCUAAAAAAUCUGCCAGAUUUACAACAGUUUCUGAUUUCCUUCCUACAUAUGCUGACUGAUGCCAAUCAAGCAUGUACUUUGUUGUGCCACACCCACAAAACUCCAUAAAAGGCAAAGAGAGCUGAAAACUACAAAAUGGCGACUAAACAGUGAACGAGCACUUCCCGAUUGAAUGGUUAGUCUUAAUCAUCUCAAUUUAUGGAUUCAUUUUCGUCUUUCAUGUCAUUAAUAUUUAAAGAAAAUAUGAGUUUCACAAAAUGUUCAUUUAAUUGGUGUGUAAUAGAAAUAAUUAAGCGAUUUUAAACGUGAUAGUCCACAUAUAAAAUCGCAGUAACUCAUUGCCAAUUGUACGUUUUGAAGCCGAUCAAUCACGGUUCACAUUUAUGAGUCUCCUUAUAUAGAAAUUUACACAAACGCAGAAGGGAAAUGUAGGAUACUAAUGUUUUUCCGAACUAACAGGAUUUUCAUUAACGCUACAUUUCUUGUGUAAACGCUCCCGAGAACUAUUUGCGAAUAAAUUUGUUCGUAUUCAUUUUGAUAAUUGAGACCCGUGACAUUUUGAUAUCACUUGCUUGCUUUACUCCUGCACUGAUUCGCAGAACCUCUCUCAAACACCAAGCUUUAUUACACACAGUCAACGAGGACCAGCAUUUUCAGACAUAACUCACCUGACUGAGCCAAGAAACCCUGAAUGUGUCUGAACUUGCAAAAAUGUCCUACAGUUGUCCAAAGUGGAGAAUUCUGGCUGAUUGUUUGGAAUAAAUGAUGUAGAGUGA